UAAAGGCAGAGAUGGCUGGUGCUGAGAAGGAACCACAAAGACGCUGUUUGCCUUUUCUCCACUGAUCAGUUAAUUUAGUUCUUCACAAUAUUGCGCCCAACUCCUGGUGGUGCUGCCCCCCCUCGCUGUUCUGAUGUCACAGAUGGUGCGGAGAAAGCAGCCCCCGUGGUGCCACGCAGCCCCCUCACAGCAUGGGGCCUACAUGCCUUCCUCCCCCAUUGUCCACCACUUCAAAAAGAAGAAGGGGGGAAAAAAGGAGGAAAAAAAGUACAAAAGCAGCUGAAAAACAUGCUUCAUAACAAAUUCCCAAUACCUUCCCCAGCGGAGGGGCUGGAGCCAGGCAGAGGGGAGAGCCGCGCAGGCAGGGCGGGGGCAGGAGCCUCGCCUUUGGAUCCUUUGACUGGAAAGAAUUUCUUGUGGGAAGUUGCUUCUCGGAGCCAGGAUCUGGCUGGGAGCGUUUCUCCUCGAGAUGCUCUCGGCACUCCUCCUGCUGGGCUUGGCUUCCCUCCCCUGGGGCUGGGGCUCCCAGGUGUGCCCGUGUCCCUGCACCUGGCCAGAGGGACAGGGCAGGAGGGGCCUGCAGGGGCCCAACAGGCAGACAAGGCAGCUCCAGCACCACCAGCCCGGGCACCGGCACCGGCUGCGAGGGUCAAAGUCCCAUUCGGAGGAGUUCCCGCCCUACAUCAUUGAUCACCCAACAGACUUGGUGGUGCGCUGGGACCAGCCUGCCACUCUGAACUGCCGUGUGGCAGGGAGUCCGGCACCCUCUAUUGAGUGGUACCGCAAUGGGGAGUAUGUGGAAACGAGCAAAGACAACGUUUAUUCCCAGCGCACCCUUCUGCCCGAUGGAUCGCUCUUCUUCCUCCGCCUCAACCAGCGGAAGGGCCAGUCUGACGAAGGGGUGUACACCUGUGUAGCCACGAACCACUUGGGCACAGCCAGCAGCAAGAAUGCGUCCCUCUAUAUUGCCGCGCUGCGGGAAGAUUUCCGGCUGCAGCCCAGCAACCUGCUGGUGACGGUGGGGGAGCAGGUGCUGUUAGAGUGUGUGCCCCCGAGGGGGCAUCCCGAGCCCACCAUCUCCUGGAAGAAGGACGGGGUCCCCAUAAGCCAGAAAGCUGGCCAUUACGAGGUCUCCAGCGGGAAGCUCCAGAUGGUGCGCGCCGAGAGGAGUGAUGCAGGGCUGUAUGUGUGUGUGGCUUCCAACCAGGCAGGACAACGAGAGAGCAAACCGGCCCUGGUGUCUGUCCUGGAAAAGCCAACAUUCACUCGCAGACCCAGUGAUAUUGUGGCCAAAUUUGGCAGCACCGUCCAGCUGGGCUGUGGUGUUCAGGGGGACCCAAUGCCCAAAGUAUGGUGGCGCAAGGAGCCCGGCGAGCUGCCCUGGGGCAGGUACGAGGUGGACGAGGAGAACACCUUGCGGAUUCAUUAUGUGACGACGCUUGACUCCGGCAGGUACAUCUGCAUGGCCCAGAACCAGGUGGGCGCCAUCUCGGCCCAGGCCUCGCUCACUGUGCAGGACCCCCUGGACACCGGGCAGAGGGAGUGGCCGAAGGACGUCCCACGGGAGAUGAUGGACGUCCAGCUGUACCUGGACAACAGCACCGUGCUCCCCUCCUCGUCCGCCGUCUACCUGCACUGGAAGGUGAUCCGCCCAUCCCAGCACACUGAGGGACAUGCUGUGCUGUACCGCUCCCUGCUGCCGGUCAGCGUGGACUGGGUUGAACGGAAGGUGCCCAGGGAGCACAGCAUCAUCAUCCCAGCCCUCAAGAGAGGCUACAAGUAUGAGUUCAAGGUUCGGCCCUAUGCUGGGAAGGUCCAUGGCGCAGACAGCAACAUCAGGCAUCUCUGGAUCCCGGAGGAAGUGCCUAGUGCAGCUCCUCAGCGUGUCACCAUCACGGCAGUGGAGGAUGGGAAUGGCACAGUGCUCAUCAGCUGGGACCCCCCUCCCCACCCCGCACAUAAUGGCAUCAUCCGGGGCUACAAGGUCUGGUACCUGGGCAAUGAAACUCACCAUCGCUCCAACAGGACCGUGGAUGGAGGGACGCACAGUCUGGAAACGGUCAUGCUGCCGGCUGGGGUUAAAUACUGUAUCCAGGUGGCAGCCUUCAAUGGAGCUGGGCUCGGGGUGCCCAGCAAUGCCACAUGCAGCAGCGUAGAGCCCCUGGUGGGAAAGAUGGCCAGGACCCCGGCUGUGCGCUCCGUCAGCCACAUCCUGGCAGUGAUCCGCCAGCCUGUCUUCAUCGCUAGUGUGGGCUCGCUGCUCUGGCUCGUGCUGAUGGUGCUGGCUCUCUACCUGUGCCAGCACCAUGCCAAGCAUUACAGCCAAGAACAGCAGCGUGCCACAGGCAAAGGUCUGUGCCGAUAUGCCAGCGAAGACACCAUUGUCAAGCACAGGAUGGACGUGAGUGACUCCCCGUGGCUGGCUGACAGCUGGAAAGCCACCUCCUGCUCCAAGACCUUCAGCAGCAGCAGCAGCAGGUCGAGCAGCCAGCUCCUGUGGGCCGAGACCAAAGACAGCCUGGAUUUCCACUGCUCCACCAUGUCCUUUGACAGGCCGAGCCAGAGCUCCCAGAUCCCGGCUGUCCCCCGGGGGCCCGACAGCAGCAGCCUAUACAGGAUGCUCUAUGUUGACCUUCCUGCCAAGGACAUGCAAACCUUCCACCGCCCCCCUGUGCCCAGCACCCCUGGCCCUCACCGCAGAGCUGCGGAGCCCGGGCGACCCACCGACCCCAGGCUUGGGCCCCGUUACAGGCAGAGCAUUGGCAUGGAGAGUGGCUGUGCGGGGGGAACCGAAAAGAGAGGGCUGUGGAAGCCAGCGGGCCCCGGACCCCCCAGGCUCACCUUGCAGGGUCCCUGGGAGAGCAGCAGCAAAAGAGAGCUACAGCAGGUACAGAGCACCCCCGUGCUGUCGCCCAGCCUCCCGGCGUACUCCACCAGCCCUAGCAGUGUGCCCGGCACCGGCAGCUCAGGAAAGCGCCAUGCAAGCAAAGGAGAGGGUGCCAAAGUGCUGAAAACCUUCAGCUCCCCGAAGCUGCUGCAGUCCAGAGGCUCACUGCGCGUACCUGGCACGUUGCCCCCCCCUCCGGCUCUUCCCGCUCUGCACUGCCCCCAGGGCCAGGGCGUACAGACAGAGAGCAGAGAUGGUGGGGAGGCAGCCAGGCCGUUCCCAGCUGGAGAGCUGCAGCCGAGCGCGGAGAACACCCUUCGGGGGGGGCUGCCUUCACCCUCGCUGCCCUACCGCCGCCUCGCCGCUGCGUCUCCCGCACCCUCACUCGGCGACGACGGGGAGGCCGUGCUCACGCCCGACCAGGUGGCUGCAUACCUGGAGCUCAGUGCGGAGGCCGAGUGCCAGAGGCACCGGCAGGAGAGCACCUCCUCCGCCCCCUGGGCCUUCUCCCCCCCGCACACCUACGGCUACAUCUGCGGCCCACUGCGUUCCGAGCUGGGGGUGGGGCCUGCCCCCGAAGAGGACGACGACCCCGCUGCGGAGGGGGGCGGCUGCCAGUCCAUGCCCUUCUUGCGCCGGUACUGCCGGACGCCCUCGUCCAGCCGCAGCGAGGCCGAGGGCUCACUGGGCGGCUCCCUGCUCAACGGCUGGGGCUCGGUCUCCGAGGAGAACUUCACCAGCACGCGCUGCAGCCUGGUCAGCUCCUCCGACGGCUCCUUUCUCGUGGACGCCAACUUCGCCCGGGCCCUGGCCGUGGCCGUCGACAGCUUCUGCUUCGGGCUGAGCCAGAGCGAGGCUGAGCAGGCCUGCCCAGACUUCUCGCCGCCCGCCUCCCCGCUGGAUGGGCUCCUUCCCCCUCCCGAGCGGUGGGAGGGCGCGGCAUGGGCUGGAGCAGAGCCCCUUCCCCUGCCCACCUGGGAGUGGGGCACUGGCUGGCUGGAGGAGAUGGAGGCCAAGUACUCCCAGAGGCCCGAGGGGACUCCUGCCGCUGAGAAGCCGGAGGGGAAGGCAGCACUGAACAGGACCCGGACCCGCCCUGCCCCUGGGCCUGGGCCAAACGGCAAGUGUGCCUGCAUGUCGGAGUCCAGCAGCCCUGCUGCGGGGGCGGUGGGGGAGUGCCAGGCCCCCUGCCCUGCUGCCCACAGUCCCAUGCCAAGCAGCUCUGCCAUUCCCAGGAAGGGGGAGACGACCAGGGUUGCUCUGCAGCCGAUGGAUGCGGGGGCGACAGAAGUCCAGGCGUAGAAAGCUGAACACGUUCUGUACCAGGCGGGCACGACGUCUGGGAUGCCCAAAGCCCAGGGAGACUCUUGGGGCACCGUGGGCCUGAGGGCGAGCGCUCGGCUACUACUGAGCCCACCCCCGGUGCCUGCUAGACACGCCUGGCUCCUGGUCAUUGACAACAGCAUCCCUGAUGGAAGGCCGUUGCCGCUUCCCCCAACGUGGGCUGCGAUCCCAUGGGAAAAGGAUUCCCCAGCCUGCCCCACACGCUGAGGGGGAGCAUUCACCAAGGGCCAGGCAGAUGGGGCAGUGCAGAGCCCUCGCCGAGCUCCACACCAGUCGCGUGCAGGAGAGGAGCCAUGGCCAGCAAACGUUGCCUCCUUUUCUCCGGAGUGCCUGGUCCCUGGCAGGACUUCUCCCGCUGCCCCACUCACAGGCUGGCGCGCCAUGUGGGGGCCAAGCCGGGAUUCCUGCUGUUGGCUUCAGGGCCGAUCUCUGCUCCGUGACGCUGUCUGGGGCACUCGCCAGCGUGGGCUUUUCCUGGGUCACACGGGGAACCCCCGGGAUUUGGAGGCCCUUGCAGCUGCUGUCAGUUUACAGAAGCCUGCAUUUGCUGCCCAGGUUGGAGCUGAGAGCCUGGCGGCUCUGCCCACCCAGCUGGGUUCACCACACUCAAAGCUGGGGGUUGUUUGGCAAUUGCCUGUUACGGUUUGGUCAGGUCUGCCCUGGGCAAUGCUCUCAGCUCUGCAGGGGCACGAGCCUUGAAGCGUUUAAUAUUUCCUUUAAUGGCUGUUGUGAGACGUUUUCCGGACCUGCCUGAUUGCCCAGUGUUGUGGCCUUAUUCCUGUAAAUAAAGAGAGCUUUUCCAGCGA